AUGGUCCUGCCUCUCUGCGCCCGGCUCAAGACUCUCCCCGCCUCCUUUCUCCCCCGAAACUUUGGCCGGCCGCCGGGCGACACCACGAGUUAUUUCCCAGCUAUUUCCCGGUCCGAGCUCUUGGCCCCUGAACAGCUGGUUUCCUCUUGGAGUCUGGGAGGAGCAGAGCGGAGCCGGCAGGGAGCGAACCAGGACCCGGGGACGGCGAGCGCAGGGGGCGCCUGGCUGGGGAGAAGCGCAGGGGCGCGAGCACGGCCACCCGAGGGGGGCCCCGGGCCUGCCGGGGAGUGCUCGGUGCCUCCGCGCUCCGCCUUCAGCGCCAAGCGGUCCGAGAGCCGGGUGCCUCCGCCGGCCGAAGCGCCCCUGCCCUUCGACCGCGUGCUGGUGAACGAGCAGGGGCAUUACGACGCCGCCACCGGCAAGUUCACCUGCCAGGUGCCCGGGGUCUACUACUUCGCCGUCCACGCCACCGUCUACCGGGCCAGCCUGCAGUUCGAUCUGGUCAAGAACGGAGAAUCCAUCGCUUCUUUCUUCCAGUUUUUCGGGGGUUGGCCCAAGCCAGCCUCGCUCUCGGGGGGCGCCAUGGUAAGGCUGGAGCCCGAGGACCAGGUGUGGGUGCAGGUGGGCGUGGGUGACUACAUUGGCAUCUACGCCAGCAUCAAGACAGACAGCACCUUCUCUGGAUUUCUCGUGUACUCUGACUGGCACAGCUCCCCAGUCUUUGCUUAGUACUCACUGGUGAAGUGAGCUCACCCUCUCUCACUCCUAGAGCAGGAGGGUGUGGCACUGACAGCGACAUCACCCGGGAGGGCUGGCCCCCCUGGAAUAUCGUGAAUGACUAGGGAGGCGGGGUAGGGGCCUCUCAGUCCUACUGCUGGCAAGGAAUGGGGAUAGGAGCUGUCUGAGAUCAGGUCCAGCAGCAUGGGGCAGUGGCUGGAUUUCUGCCCGAGACCAAAGGCGUGGGCUGUGCUGGCAAGUGAGGGGCCCCCAAUUGCUCUGGCCCAGGACCCCAAGGAGGGGUGCUCUCUCUCUGACCCUCUGCCUCUCUGGGUCCUCCCCCAUCCCUCCUGCUCCUGGGGCCGGCGCUUUUCUGCGAUCACUCAAUAAAUCUAAAAACCCUC